CAACCAUGGAUCAAUGCACGGAAUUGGAUGAGAAAGAAGUGAAAAUUCCAGGAAUGGAAUUCGACCCUUUUGCAUCUCUUGAUCAAAAGCUGGAAUUCGUGAUGAGAAGCAGAGCUAACAUUCCUGCCAUUCUGCACGCUGCAAAAUUCGGAGAUUUCGAGGUAUGCGAUUACCUCGUGAAGCAAGAGGGCGAAAACGUCAGCGUGAUGGAUGAAGAAGGAAAUGGCGUCUAUCACUACGCAGCCUUGAAUAAAACCUUUGGAGAGCAACUGAUCAAUUACUUCAAGGAAUUCGAGGAGCACAGUGAUUGCAUUACCAGAGGUCUGAAAUUGUUGAAAGAAGACAACCCCCUUGAGUCGACGCCUUUACUGUUGAAAACAGAUAACGGCUGGGAAUUCAACAUGGAUAUUUUUCCCCAAGCGGCUGGGUCCUCAGAUCUGGAUACAUUCCAGUGGCUUACGAAGAUCGCCAGCAUCUUCGACAAGAACUUGGUUAGCAACAAAAAUUGGAAACUUCUAAUUCUUCGGACUGCCUUUUUCAACUUCAAACAUGCAGAUAAAAUCGCAAGUUUCGUGGUAGAGUCCGUGACGACCGAAGAAUUAACAUCUUUAAUCAAAUAUUACAUGGCAACUGGCUUUCCAUUUUUGAACCAUGAAGUUCUUGGUCUGUUCCACAGCCAUGGAGUCGACUUGAAAUUUGUCUUUCAGCACUGCUUGUCAAAAAACUUUCUGGACACUGCCCAGUACGUGCAUGCUCUGGAGCCGCAAGAGAUAGAUUCGACCUCGUUGUGCAUCGUGGCAAGGUGCUCUCGCGUCGAAAUGAUCGAGUGGAUUCUUCAACUCAACCCAGCCCUGGAACUGGACGAGCAUUUCCUUUACGCCGCUUUGAAAAACGCGAAGUACGGCAAAGGAAUCAUUGAUCAUUUUGCUGAAAAACUGCGUGCGCACAUCAAUACCGUCAACGAAGAAGGGAAAACUCCUCUCCAUGUGGCCGUGGAUAAGAAGAACCUUCCUGUUUUCGAGACCUUGCUUAAGAUUGGCGCCGACCUGAGCGUGAAAUAUAAAGACUGGAACAUGCUGAUCUACUGCUUGGAGAAAAUGUUUUUGCCGGGCGCCGAGGUUGUGUACGCCAAGGAUGCGAAGCAGUUGGAAAGGCCAAAUAAGCGACUCGCUUUAUAUUGCGCCCAGAAGGACAAGAAAGUUGAGGAAUGGCUUAAGUUUGUGGGCUGCACUCGCUAUAAGCAUAAGCACUGAUCAAACCCUUUCAUUUCGAUUUAUAUUACUCAUUUGAUUGAUAGUGUUAUAAACAAACAAUUAUUACAUUUUGACUGGUA